UCCCAGUCAAGUAUCUGUCCUUUGUUUGCAAUGGCCAUCCGGUAGGCAGUCAUUCAUCCGAUAGUUCUGCCUCACCACCUAGGACCCUUUGUCUAUUGUCACCAGUGUCACUAUUCGUUGGCUCUACUGCUUUGUCAUUACGAACAAUAAGUGACUUCGAAGUGGUACUUCUUUGUACUUAGCCGUCCCGCUUCGCUGCCGCCAGGAUUAUUUCUGGCUACAGAUCUGCUUCUUCUCUUUCAGAGGCUCCAUCCGCAAAGAUUCAACUCUACCACUACACAUCUCAAUUUCUCCAGCUGAAUAGCAGUACAACGUUCUGCGUUAUUACACAACACGAAUACACCACCAGAUUCAACAUGGUCUCCUCAAUCAGCAUGAUGGUUACGGCUGUCUUUCUAGUCCUUGCCACCUCGGUCAACGCCCAUAUGAUAAUGCUCACCCCAACUCCCUAUGGCAAAUCCACUCUCAACAAUUCAAAUCUCGCCCCGGACGGUAGCGACUUCCCUUGCAAGCUCCGACCCGGGGUCUACGACUUGGAAGGCGCCGAGAACAUCAUGGCAGUGGGUUCUACUUAUGACCUGUCGUUCAUGGGAGAAGCCGCUCACGGAGGCGGCUCCUGCCAAGUGAGUUUGACGACCGAUCUUCAACCUAGCAAAGAUACCCAAUGGAGCGUGAUAAAAAGUAUCGAAGGUGGUUGUCCGACCAACUUCACUGGCAACUUGGGAGAUGAUAGCAAUGGCGCCGCAGUUGGUAUGGCCUCAGUUUUUAACUUCACCAUUCCAGAAGGUAUCUCGCCGGGCCAAUAUACCAUCGCGUGGAGCUGGGUCAAUCGCGUGGGCAACCGUGAAUAUUACAUGAAUUGUGGACCAGCAACUAUUAUCGCGCCCAAGAAGAAGAGGUAUGCCCCGGCUCCGAUCGAGAAGCGCGACACUUCGUUCCCAAAUUUGUUUGUCGCCAAUCUAAUUGGCAUCAAUAAUUGCGUCACUUACGAGGACUUCGACUAUGUUUAUCCAAACCCAGGCUCGGUCGUUCAAAGCGCUGGGACCGGACCUUACACUACUUUGUCUUGCGCCGCCGCAACCGGCAACAAUGCUCCGCAAACACCUACCGCCACUGGACCUGUGACCGGAUCCAUGACAGAGACUGCAGUUGCGACCUCUGCAACAUCUGCCUCUUCACCAACAUUUGCUGGUUCUUCAGCCGCGGCAACAACCUUGUCAGCCACCAGUGUCCAAAUCGUUCCCGUUUCGACAACUUCCGCAGCCACUACACCAGCGACCUCAGUCGUCAGCUCCAGCAGCUCAGUAUCUGGCUCUGCCGGUGCCAUGUCUGGGCUGUGCAGCGAUGAAGGUGCUUGGGCAUGUAGCGCAGACGGAAGCAAAUUUCAGAGAUGUGCGUCAGGGUCUUGGUCGGCUGUCAUCCAAAUGCCUGCCGGUGUUUCCUGCAGUCCAGGAAUCGCCGACACUCUCAAUGAGACCCUUGUUAAAGACUAGGACGGGUUGCUCAGUUUGGCGCUAUCGAAGGUUUCGAAACAAACCAUUGUUUUUACAUUCCCAACAUCACGAGCUGGACUCGGGGACCUGAACAUUUGGGGCGUCAUGAUCAGAUUACCUUUCAGUGCACAUCAUUCACAGCUC